AUGGACGGCUUCGGGCGAGUCACGCUUCUCAAUCGAAUCAUCCCUCUCUUAUACCACUCUUCAGAGCAGUCUCCGAUAGAUCUUAUCGUGACGUUGGGCGGUGACGGGACGAUUCUACAUGCCUCCUCGCUUUUCAAAACUGGACCAAUUCCCCCUGUCCUGAGCUUUUCUAUGGGAACAUUGGGCUUCCUUCUGCCCUUUAACGUUGAUACAUUCCCCUCUGCCUUUGAUGAGGUGUUUACGGGAAAGGCGACCAUUCUUGAGCGAAUGCGGAUAGCUUGCACUUUUCAUCGGCAAGAUGGCAGUGAGAUUGAAGGGUGCGGAGAGCCAGGAUGGCAAGUCAUGAACGAAGUGACAUUACAUAGAGGAAGGAGUCCACAUCUAAAUAUUAUAGACGCCUACGUGGAUGGGCAGCACCUCACAGAGGCCGUCUCCGAUGGCUUGAUUCUUUCUACACCUACUGGAUCCACGGCUUAUUCUCUCUCGUCCGGCGGUCCUAUUGUGCAUCCAGCUGUAAAUGCACUGCUCCUAACACCAAUAUGUCCUCGAAGUCUUUCGUUUCGGUCACUCGUGUUACCAGGUUCAUCUAGGAUAACCCUCAAGGUGAGCCGUACAAGUCGCGCUCCGGCGGAGGUAUCCAUGGACGGCCAAGGCGUGCGUGUCCUCCAACCAGGCGAAUUUGUCUCAGUCGAAGCGUCGCCGUAUCCAGUCCCGUGUGUCAAACGAUCCGCCGACCUGCAUGCCUCCCGAGUCGACCUCGAAAAGCGGCGAACGGAAAUGGGCGAGCGUGGGUUGGGAGACGAUUGGGUGCGAGAUAUCAACACUCUCUUGCAGUUCAACGCCUCCUUCAAGAACAAGCAUCUUGCGACAGAGAGAGUAUAA